AAAAUUAUGAAUUCCAGUGAGCUCCUAUACUUUGUACAAUCAACAUGGAGACUCCUUCACACACUCCUACAAUUGAAAGAAGUGUGAGCCCGGAAUCUGAGGGUGAAUCUGAAUAUGAAGAAGUUGAACAUGAACAGCAUCAGGGAUCUGUUUCAUUCAACGUUGUCACCAGAAAUAUAAAGAAAGUUGAAUGGCCCCCAAAGCAUGAUGAAAUCCAGACUGGAGGUCGUCUUCCACCACAUAGAAGAUUCAAAACAGAUUGGAAUUUUCCACAAGCCGACAAACCAAUCACAACCUAUCCGUUUAGUAGAGGCUAUAAUCCUUCUAAACUUGAAAAGGGUACAAUUUGGAGUCCUGAACCUACUUCUACAGACCCGGCCCAACAGGAUAGACCCAAGGUAGUGCUUCGUGAAGCAAAUGAUGUUUUAAGCCAUGGUAUUUCACAAGGACAUUCUCAUUACAGAAUGCCACCAGGAACCUCCAGAACUAGGAAGUGUCAAGAAAACUAUGAAACUGUGCUUGCCAAUGAGAAGAAAGUUUAACCUACAUCAUCUGUAAAAAAGAAAAAUACAUAAAAGUAACCCAUGCUCAACCAGAGCAUAAUAAAAUGUGUUAAUAAUUUCAUAAUAACAUGUUAAAAAUAAUAAUUGUAAAAAUAAAAAUAACCAUAUAUA